UAUAAUAAUUUGGAUUAUUACAUAACCUUUCCUUAUUUAGGUUUAUUGGUUAACAAUAGUCUGAUGUGAGUCAAUAGAGAUUAUAUAAUUCUUGGCUGAGGUACAUUUAACAGGUUAAGAGAAUAUUUGUGCUAUGUACAAAUAUAGACUAAAGUCUAACUACUGAAGCCCAGUGAGUAAAAGGAUUAUUGCACUGAGAGAUCAACCCAGUGGACUUAAAGACAACAUUCAAACAAAACAAUGUCUGACACUGCCCACAAUAACAAGAACAACAAUGUAGAUAGAGAUGCAAUCCAUGAAGCAGCUGUAUCUAUGGCUGAGAAGUAUGGAGACGAGCAUCGUUACAUUAUCGAGCCAUAUGACAUCUUGGCAAAAUGUUGGGCAAAUGACAAGCAAGUCUCAGAAGGUGGGUUAACAGUUGUAAUUGAGAGGUCAAUAUUUGACAGGAUUAGGAUAAUGGGUGAAGUCCUACAAGCAAUUAAAGAUGACCCUAAAAUUUUGGAGGUCCCGAUCACCAAACCAAUAUUCAUAAUUGGUUACAUGCGUACUGGAUCAACGUUACUGCAUAACAUCAUAGAAAAGGAUGUUAACCAUUUUGUGCCUCCACUGUGGCAGCUAGCAGAACCACUUCCAAUACCUGAUGGCAAAGAAAAGUCUGAUGACCCAAGAAUACUUGGUGUUAAAAAUUUUUCUGAACACUACAAUCAAAUUCCUGGUUGGCUACAGAAGCAUCAGGCAUUCACACCCUAUGCCCUUGAAGAAUGCUCUGGCCAGCUUGGUAAGACAGGAUGUAUGAAGGAGCUCUUACUAGGGGGACAGAAUAUAGAGGAGUACACCCAGUGGUAUGAACAACUGAAGGAUGAAUGGAAAGUCAGCAUGUAUGAAUACUACAAGAAAGAACUGCAAUUGUUGGCGUACAAACAAGGAUUUGGUUCAAGAACAUAUGUUCGAAAGGAUGCUCAACACAUGGCCAAUAUGCCUGCCUUGUUGAGGGUAUUUCCUGGAGCCCGAACCGUAAACUCGAUACGUAACCCAAUCCAAACAAUUGGUUCCAUUUGUUCUAUGAGCUACACCGUUAACCAAGCCUAUUACACACCUGACAACCUUGACCUUGAGGCAAUGGGGAAGCGAAUAUUAAGAAAUGCUGACCACAUCAUUAACACUUAUAUGGAUUAUCGUGAGGCCACAGAUGGUCCAGAUAAGAGCUCCGCCAAUGUUGUAGAUGUUUAUUACAAUGACUUGGUUGGGGAUCCCAAAGGCACUUUGGAGAAGAUUUACACUAAGUUCAACAUCGAGCUCACUCAAGAGACUUUGGAUAAUGUUCAGCAUUACCUCGAGGAAAAUCAACAGAACAAGCACGGAAAACAUGUCUAUGAUAUAAGCACAUACGGAUUAACUGAGGAUGAAAUUAAGAGAGUUUUCAAGCGAUACAUUGAGUACUUCAAUGUUGAUUGCAAUUGAGCGAGUAUUUUUAAGAUGUGUAUUUCAAUGUGAAAUGCAAUUAAGUGAAUAUACGAGUGUUAGAAUGUUGAGUGCAAUAAAAAGUGAAUUCAAGCAACAUGUUGAGUAUUCCAACAUCACAUGUACAUUAAAUGGAAGUGAAAAUGGAUAUUUUUCAAUAGCAAACAAUUGUACUUUUAUUCCUACAUGCUUACAAAUAUGCAUGUACAUGUACUUGAAUACUCAUGUAUCAAUAAAUAAAUGUAACUAAAAUGCCCAAUGUAUAGUCUUCAUAGGACAUGAAAGGGGCAACAAGGCCUGUAGAG